UCAACUCUGUUCGGUAAUGGUGACCGAAUUGAAUACUAUGCUCGGCCUGCUCGGAAAAGCAGCGAUUAUGCAACGUUCCCAUCAACAUCCGGGGAUUGGGGACGUGCAACUCUCGUCCGAAAUGGAGCAAUAAAGCGGGUGAACGGGUAUUUAGCAGCAGCAGCAGCAGGAGCAUAA